UCAUACGUUUGCGUGCACCUACAGUCUUAAAUAAGUCUUUGUGUUAUCAACACAAAGACUUUUUCUAGGAAAAUUCUAGGAAAUUAAACAAAAGGUUUUCCUUCAACUUGUUGUGAAAUCUAGGUUAAGUCGAGUAAAAUGGUCGCUCAGGAAUUUAUUGACCUAUUCAAUUCCAUAUCAUUAACACAACGUUUUACUGUUGAAGAUUUCGCUGAUCGACUCAAUUUAUUCACUGUUAUCCUUCUUCUAAUUACUUGUAUUGUUGUGUCAACAAAGCAGUAUUUAUUGAAUUCUAUAUCAUGUUAUAUACCUGUUAAACCGGCUGGAGAAAAUUUCAAUGACUAUCUUGCAGACUACUGUUGGGUGCAUGGAACAAUACCACUGGCUGACGAUGAAAAAAUGCCAACUACGGAUGCACAAUGGGAAGAGUAUGAUGCAACAAGAAGGAUAACUUAUUACCAAUGGGUUCCAUUUGUACUUGGCUUACAGUGUAUAUUCUUUUAUGUCCCACACAUUGCUUGGCAAGCUGCAUGCGCUUGUCGUGCAGGUGGUGAUAUGUUUUCACUAGUCAAAUCAGCAGCUGAGGCCGCUAUAAUGACUCGUGAUGACCGACAGAAAACUGUAGCUCGUGUAGCUGAAUUUGUUGAGGAUAUGAUUGGAACACAUAAGGAAUGUAGACGAGGUAAACGUGCUAAGUUAGCCAAACAGGCUGUGCGUAUUGGUGGAAUAUUUGUUGCAAGCAAACGACUUGGUACUCGUUUGAUAUUCUCUUAUUUGUGUGUAAAGAUUAUAACAAUCAUUAAUGCAGCAUUACAAAUAUUCUUGAUCCAACGAUUCCUGGGAUUUUAUUCGAAUGGUAGUGUGGGCAAACGUAGCCUUCAACUGGGUAAAUCAUUUGAUCCUAAAGCAGUAAGCACUAUAUCUUAUGCUGAAAAUGAAGAUGUCGAAGGUUACGGAUUCGGUCUAACUGUUGUCAAUCACAUACGUGCUGGACGUGACUGGCCGGAAACACUUUUGUUCCCACGUGUAGCAUAUUGUCGUGUUCCAGGAAUCCGUUUAGUCGGUGUGAAAAACUCCUACACUGCUCAGUGUGCUUUACCCAUAAAUAUGUUGAAUGAGAAAAUCUACAUCUUCUUCUGGUUUUGGAUUGUAUUCCUACUGAUUACAUGCAUUUUAAGCCUCAUAUUAUGGCUCAUACGACUGAUACUAGCUCCGAAGCGUAAAGAUUUCAUUAAACGCUAUCUUCGCUUGAAGGGGGUUACCUCUCCGAAGGGUGGUGAACUAAAACGAGGAGAUUUAGAUGAAUUUAUCGACAGUUAUCUACGCCCAGAUGGCGUAUUCAUAAUUCGUAUGUUGGCAAUCAAUGCAGGUGAAGUAAUCACAGCCGAGAUUGUCACCGAGCUUUAUCAUAAUUUCAUUGAUCAUUACAACCAGUCACAUCCACCUGAGAAGGAAGAUGAUCCGCUAACAAAAGAAAAAAUUGGAUUCAAUAAUCUUGUUUAAAUUGUUUUUAAACUCCUUAGUUCAAUUGCCUACUUUUCCCAUAUGAAAGAAAUAAUAUUUCAAAUUUUGGUUGAACACGAUAAACACACAUAAAAUUUCAAUGUUUGUAUUCAACAUUCCAAAUUGACUUUAUCAUAUAAUGUGGCAUAUUGAGCAAGUGUGAUUCCUAUUUUGAUUUUUCGGUAAAUAAUAGAUCAUGAUUAUCUUAUCUGGUUUGUCAAAGAAGCAACAAAUAACCGACUGUUCAGUGUUAGUACUUGUUCACUUAUCAUGUUAGGUGUUAUAUUAAGAAUUGUAUUUCUUCAUAAAUUGCGCUUUAUUGUUAAAUAGUCUACCAGUUUCUCCAAAAGUUUUGUCUCUCCUUAACAACUUCUGGGGAGUAAAUCUUUGCAGUGAUCACUUCAUAUUUGUCAAUAACUAGUUUGUUAUGCUUUAGGCAUCUUCGUAGAUUUGAAUUGUAUGUAACGCUAUUAUUGUUUACAUCUGGCAAGUAUUAUAAGCAAAUAAGGAUAGAGAAUCACAAGAUCAAAGUCGUUU